CGUUUGCAUGAAGCUCAAAUUUAUUUGUGAACAAGUUGAAGUGGUGAGUAUGUUAACAAUUACUACCAAGAAGAAUAAGUUGAUAUGAGUAAAGAGUGCAUUUUAAAAGGGAUUAAAGUGGAAGGCGUCGAAAAUAUCGUUGGUUUAAAUGGUCAUAAUAACAAGCAUACGAAUAAGAAACAACUAUUCUUGACAAGUCGCAACGUUUCAGACAACAUAUUCCCCAACAUAAUUAACCGUCACCUUCAGCAAAAGAAUACUAGAGAAAUGGAUGCAAACCGCCAAGCGGAACGUGAUAAGAUACUGAAGGACAUUCAUAAAGUGGAUGAAGAUGUUGAUUCAAAGGCCAAAAUUGUUCACGAACAAGUAACUGCAACUGGAGGAAUUCACGAGGCGCAAAUUAGCAGCAAUGAACCUGCUGCUGCAUGCACAACAGGAGUGGGGAAUGAGGAUCAACCUGAUAAAGAAGACUUGAAGGGCGAGAUGUCGACAUGUCAUGAUGCUGAUGAAGAAAAAGAAGAAGUUAAGGAGUUGAAUUAUGACAAGGAAGCAAUGGAAGACCUUAUGUCAAAACUUCACAUUGGGAAGUUACCUACUAUUGGUAAGAGUAGAUCAACCCCGCUAAAUAACUUGAGAAGCCGAGGUCGCUCCACCUUAUUACUGUUCUAUCGUCUCUGGAGAGACCACCUUCUAAAGAAACCUCCGCCUCCUCUCUGAGGUUAAAGCUAUAUGAUAAUAUCCUAUGUAUGUUAUCCCCCUUUAGUUUCCCCCCGUUAAAACUACAUUUGCUAUUGCGUAAUGAAACUAUUGAAUAAUAUAGUGGUACUUUGGGUAUGUUUUA